AAGGCAUCAGGAAGAGUUCUAGGGAGUGAAACGAAAAGUCUCCGUUCGAGUAAUCUGGACUGGUUCUGAAAGUUGCCCGCGACAGCCUCUUUCGGCAGUAGCACACGGUUACGGAAUUGCUUUCUUGAGAUACUACUAGUUUUACUAGUUUAGCCGACCGUACAAAAUGGGUCGAUUUGUGAGCUAGUUAGGGUGCUAGCCGGUUAGCUAAUUAACGCUAGCUACCAAGAUUAGCUUGAAUAAGCAGGAUGUCAGUGAUGUCCCAGGCAGGCAAAACAUAAUAACUCCAUGCCUUGACCCUAUCAUGCCAGUCAAAAUCAUUAAAGAUUCAACAAUGACGAGGACCAUUGGGAGGGCGAAGGUGACCCAUGCAGUAGUGGUCAUAUUCCUUGAGUUUUUUGCCUGGGGCCUUCUGACGACACCCAUGCUGACGGUUCUGCAUGAGACAUUCCCAAAACACACAUUUCUUAUGAAUGGUCUCAUUCAGGGAGUAAAGGGCCUGCUGUCCUUCAUGAGUGCUCCUCUUAUUGGAGCGCUGUCAGACGUGUGGGGCAGGAAGUCCUUCCUCCUUCUGACCGUGUUCUUUACCUGUGCACCCAUCCCUCUGAUGCGCAUCAGCCCCAGGUGGUAUUUUGCACUGAUCUCCCUGUCAGGAUUGUUCUCGGUCACAUUCUCUGUGAUCUUUGCAUAUGUGGCGGACAUCACUGAGGAGCAAGAGAGGAGCACAGCAUACGGCCUGGUGUCUGCAACUUUUGCAGCGAGUCUGGUGACGAGUCCCGCUAUCGGUGCUUACCUGUCGGCCACAUAUGGGGACAGCCUGGUGGUUCUUGUGGCAACCAUCAUCGCAGUGCUGGACAUUUGCUUUGUGCUGCUGGUGGUGCCAGAGUCGCUGCCUGACAAGAUGCGCCUCUCCUCCUGGGGCUCCCCUAUCUCCUGGGAGCAGGCCGACCCCUUUGCUUCCCUGCGAAAGGUGGGGAAGGACACCACGGUGCUGCUCAUCUGUGUGACUGUGUUCCUGUCCUACCUGCCCGAGGCAGGCCAGUACUCCAGCUUCUUCCUCUACCUGAGACAGGUCAUCGACUUUAGCUCUGCAACCAUAGCUGCUUACAUAGCCAUGGUUGGGAUCUUGUCCAUCAUAGCUCAGACUCUGCUGCUGAGUGUCCUGAUGAGGACCAUUGGGAAUAAGAACACGGUGUUGUUAGGGCUGGGCUUUCAACUCUUCCAGCUGGCCUGGUAUGGCUUUGGCUCUGAACCAUGGAUGAUGUGGGCUGCAGGCACAGUGGCUGCCAUGUCCAGCAUAUCCUUCCCAGCUGUCAGCGCUCUUGUCUCCAACUGUACAGACCCUGCCCAACAAGGUGCAGUACAGGGCAUGAUUACAGGAAUCCGUGGUCUUUGCAAUGGCCUUGGCCCGGCCCUUUUUGGCUUCAUCUUCUUCCUGUUUAAUGUGGAGCUCAAUGAGAUCGACCCCACAGGCAGCAGCCAGAGCAGUAUACCCAAAGACCCUAAUGAGAAGCCUGUGAUCCCGGGCCCCCCGUUCCUGUUUGGAGCGUGCUCGGUGGUGCUGGCCCUCAUGGUGGCCGUGUUCAUCCCCCAGCAGCCCUGUGUGGCCGUCAAGACCUGCUCCGCCUCCAGCGCUCGCCCCUCCUCGGCCACCAGCCUGCAGUGCCACGUCCCCUCCCCCAGCGACGACGACAUCGAGCCACUCCUGCAGGACAGCAGCAUGUGAACGUGACCCCCCCCACCGCCACCGGACCACGACUGGAAGAACCUCCACCAGCAGCAGAGGCCAGGCUUUAUGGGGUUUGGAGAUUUCUUUCCCUCCGAUUUGAAUUUACGGUUUGACACUCUGUUAUGAAGCGACUGUUUAUUAGUUACAUUUUGAACAUAUGGGAUUCAGGGCGGUGUUUUUAGAUGGAAACAUUUUAGGGUUGUGUGUGUGUGUGUGUGGGAGGGUGGGGUCCUUUUAAAGCACCUUGUUCUAGGAAUGAGUGAUUAACAGCAGCAAGAUGAGUAGGAGAUGUGAUGGUGUGAUCCUUUUCAUCAGAAUAUGUGCCUUUUUAUGACGUGUUAUUUUUAUUUCCAAUGUCCUCUGGCAUUUCUUAAGUUUCCACUUAAUGUACUGCAUUUAUCCUGCAUACUGUGUCCAGUCAUGGAAAUGUUAUAGAUGGUUUCAGACAUACGGCAUCCUGUACUUUCUCACACUGCCCUGGAAAUAGAUAGCAGUAUAGAUGAUAUCAAAGCUUUGUGUCAUGACUGUCAUGAUGGUGGACAUCUGUUUCACAAUCUGGUUGUAGUGUUCUGAAAACACAGGUGCCUAUGGAGUCAAGUAGCUGGUGUUACAAUGCAGACUUUGAUGGAAUAAUUGCAGUUCGUAGUACUGGUUUGCUGUGGUAAACAGCAAACUUUACCAUUCUCCAAUGUAUCAGUUGUAAAAUGCAGUUUUCAGUCAACAAAUUCAAAAAUUCAUAGGAUGUACAAUUCUGUGUUCUUGUUUGUAAAAAGGCCACAGAACAGAAGUGUUCCAUAAAAACUGUAUUGAAUUGUGAAAAACGCAAUCUGGAUAAGAUGUUAUUAGAUCAUUGCAUUCCGCUGCUUACUACCUCUUUGUAGGGGGCAUAUGGGUCAUUCAUGUUAAAUCCCAACUGAUCUCCCUUCAUACUUUAUGUACAUUUCAUUUAUGGAACUCAGCAACUAGUGUGCAAAACAUUAAGCCUGUACCUUCAGUAUCUGAGAUAGAAACCUUUUCGAAGGGAAUGUGGCAUAUGUAAUAACUUAAUAAAUACAGUUUGGUUCAAGAUUACCUUAUUAUUGGGCAUAUGCUAAUUAAAAUGUGGUCAUUAUAGUGGUAUUUGUUAUUGUAGACUUUUAUUAAUCUAGGUGUCACUUUUUAGUGCGUCACACCAUUUCUUUCAGAUAUGCACCUAGUUGCUAAGACAGUACUAUUACAUGACUAUUCAGUAUGAUGUCAUAUUGGGUAAAAGUUGCUCCAAAGCAGUAAAUAUUUUCAAAUACAAUUUUCAACAAAGUAUAGUAAAUGUACAACUGUAGGGCAACUUGAAUAUUUUCAUGAAUUGUUCAAAUGUAAUGACAUUUUUUUUUUAACAAUGUUCACUGUAAGAUAAACCUCAGUAUCUCAGGGUACAAGGUACAAGCUUACAUUUUUGCACAUGAGUUGUUUGGUACAUUGAUGAUGUUUACACAAAGUUGGGUGCAAAUACAAGAUGGUCAGUUUGGACAUUUUUCUAAAAACAUUUUAUUUGACAUGGAAUUGCCCAUAUGUGUAAAGACGUUAGACGUUUCAGACCUGAACAAACAAAUGCUUCCAAUUUUCCACCUGCUGCCAGGCCAUGUGCGUAACAUAUCAAGCUCAUAUUUUACUUGGGCAUUGGCGUACCUGCGCUGUAGAAUUUAAAGACAUCUAGAGAUUGUCAAGGCAUAACAGAUAUUAGCCAAUGGUUUAAGCUUAGAUCCCUAAUAAUGUGUUACAACCUACUUUGAAGUUACUUGUGCCAUUACAAUCACUACCUUGGUUUGGCCUUGGUUUUGCUUAAUUUUUAUUUCAGUUAAAUGAAUGUAAUUAGUCACAUGCAGUGCAUAUAUCACAAUAAGACACUUUGAUUAGUGGUGGUGAGCAGUCCUCCCUUCACUUUGGUUAAUAAAUGCGCAAUGCCAGCAACAUUCAGGCCCCUCUGAAAUCCCCUGCCCUGCAUCUUAACAGCUACCUCAAACCUCUUUUUGUCUUUUUUGAUAGUUUUGCAUAAACGGUCUUCUAUAUCUCAAUGUUUUUUUGCGCGCUCAACAAGCAGUGGUACAGCCAUGCAUAGCACAACUGCAAAACUUUACAAACCUGAAUUUAUGCAUACAGUCAUGCACACACAAACAGACAUAAAAUGCAUCUGUGUUAACUGGUAUUCAGCCUGGUGAUCCUUCUGAUCAAUUUGAUCCAAAUGAUCUAUUCAGCCUGGUGAUCCUACUGACCCUAACCGCCGUAUUCUCCCUAAUGCGCGGAGUCAAAUUAAGCGACUAUGCACUUUUUAGCCUGGAAUUAAAUGCCAUUGUUGAGGUUGAGAAAAUCCAUCUUUGCCAUUUUCAUAACAGCCAAGAUGAAUGAGGUUGUGGCUCAGUCUGGUUCUAUUCUAAUUAAAUCAAAUCAAAUGAAAUCAGACUAAGUAAGUCUGACUGUGCAUACACAUUGCGGAUGUGACAAGUGCGGAUGGGAGAAAGCAUGUUGGUCAAAAUCAUGCAACUGGAUAAUUCGACUAUUAGUUAUUGAAUAUUUAGUUAACACAAACCAAUCAUACACAUUGGUAGAUUUUGAAGUUUAUCUUUUGGUCUUCUAAGCUUAAACGUCAAGCUUUUCAAGGAUCCCUUGUCAUUCAUUAGUCAUGAGAAACUAUAGCAAGUGGUAUGACAAAUCUUUUACAAGUAAGCAUCGAUGCCUUCUAAAGGAUCCUUAAUUAAAUGAUUGGCUCUCCGUAAGCAGAUGCCUUAGAUGUUAGCACUCAGCUGGUGUGAACUCUCUUGGCACAGACAUGGGUGUGCUUCUCCCAUCAAAUACAUUCAAAAUUCCAUCAAUGACCAUAAUGCAUAAGAAAGCUUUAGAUAGAAUUGAUUGCUUUAGAUAAUUUACCAUCAAAAUGUUCACAUCCCAGUGGCCAUGGUACAUUUCUUUGCUCUGUUCUAACUAACUCCCUAAAGAUUAAUUAUGAUGGAGAGUCAUGGGUUAGUCAAGACUAAUAUGUCUGUUAAAUGUCAGCAUUUAACCACCAAUGGCAUUGAACAGGCAGUGGCUGAUUCUCUUGACUGAAUCAAUAGUUGUGUAGCUCUAUGCCACAGUUUGACACAUGUAGCAGAGUUGCCAGGGGGAAUUGAGAUGUUAUGUUUAUGACUUUAUCACUCUUUUAUAAUAUAAUAAUAAUGGGUUUGCUCCUCAGUCUCAGCAGUAGCAUAUAGAGCGCUAUCUGUGCUGCACUAUUUUUAGUUGCACAUGGUAUUUUCUGCAGGGUAAGAACCAUAAAUGUCAAAUAAGUCACAUUCCUGUCCUAGCUUGCCACUAUAUGUAAGUUUAAAUUAAAAUACAGAUAAAAACAAAGCUUAUCAUAUCUUUACAAUAAAAUAAUUUAAGAUAAUGCUAUAUUAUAAAAGGUUACUGCACACAUAACAGUACUGGCCCCAGCAGGUUUCAGAAAUUGUGAUUGUUAAUAGAUAAUUACAGGUUUCAGCCAGGAACAUCUCAUCUUUCCACAGAAAGCAUUCAAAGGUGUAUAUUCAAAAAAGGCUGUCUGCUGGAUACAACUAACUUCAGGUAUCCCGCCAUAGCUACCUGUUACAUUUAACCUGUAUUUAUGUAAUGGAAUGUCUUAAUAGUCAGCAAUGCAGUAUUCUAUUGUAUUGUGUGUAAUUACUUCUGUAAAGGCAUUUGCACAUCAUUGUUGGUGGAUGUGAAAUGUAACAUAUCUUUUCAAAAUGUAGCCAAACAAUCUAGAUCUUGAUUUGUUUUUGCAAUUUUUUUGUAAAAAUAAGCAGCACUUUGUAUAUUAGGAUAUUAUUGCAGCCAUGUGUUUAUAUUUGCUGUGCAACAAUCUUUAUGUAUUAAGUCAAUGGUUACUAGCAUCAUUUCUUGAGAUUUCCUUGGUUCAUGAGUGGUCCUUUGCAGUGUAUAUGAUGCUUUAAUUUCUUUAAUACAACAUCUUCUCUUUUGAUAAAAUGUGCCUGAUAUAUACAACAUAAAAUAUGUUAAUAAAAAAUGGCAAUAUUUUUUGAUUGUCACUGUUAUACCUUCU